AGGACUCAUCAGAAUCGCAGACAAGUGGAAGCGUUUUAAGAUAAAAUCAUAAAAGGUUUUGUUUUUAUUUGGGGGAAGCGGAGAAGAGAAGAGAAUUGAAUGGCUGUGGCUACCGCUCCGUCGCUCAACGGCCAUUUCCUCCGCCGCCCUUUCUCGGGAGUGAAAAAACGACGGCCGUGGCUUCUAACCGGGAAUCUUUUCGAUUAUCGCCGGAAUCGGGAUUCUCGUCUCCUUGUUUUCGCUUCUUCUCCGUCUCCGCUGUCUCCAAAUUCUCCGACGGAUGCUCUCACGGCGGAGUCUUGCGUCAACACUGGCCUCGAUCUCUUUAAGAGAGGACGGGUAAAAGAUGCGCUUGCUCAGUUUGAAACAGCGCUGAGUUUAGAUCCAAAUCCUAUAGAGUCACAAGCUGCUUACUAUAACAAAGCUUGUUGUCAUGCUUACCGAGGGGAAGGAAACAAGGCUGCUGAUUGCUUGAGAGUCGCUUUAAGAGACUAUAAUCUCAAGUUUGCCACAAUCCUUAAUGAUCCUGACUUAGCAUCCUUUCGCGCUUUACCCGAGUUUAAGCAGCUCCAAGAAGAGGCUAGGUUAGGAGGAGAAGAUAUUGGAGAUAGUUUCAGAAGAGAUCUGAAACUCAUCAGCGAAGUACGAGCACCCUUCCGCGGCUUUAGAAAAUUCUUCUACUUUGCAUUUUCAGCAGCAGCUGGUAUCUCAACGCUCUUUACCAUACCAAGACUGAUUCAAGCAGUUAGAGGCGGUGAGGGAGCUCCAGAUCUUCUCGAAACUACGGGAAACGCUGCCAUUAACAUCGGAGGUAUCGUUGUUCUGGUUGCAUUGUUCAUAUGGGAAAACAAGAAAGAGGAAGAACAAAUGGUUCAGAUAACUCGAGACGAAACUCUUUCUCGGUUGCCUCUACGCUUGUCGACCAACCGUGUUGUUGAGCUUGUGCAGCUUAGGGAUACAGUUCGACCCGUUAUUCUAGCGGGAAAGAAAGAGACUGUGACACUUGCGAUGCAAAAGGCAGAUAGGUUCAGAACCGAGCUCCUAAGACGAGGUGUUCUCUUAGUUCCCGUGGUGUGGGGUGAACGUAAAACACCUGAAGUGGAGAAGAAAAGAGGGUUUGGAGCUUCUUCAAAGGCAGCAGCUACAUCUCUUCCUUCUAUUGGGGAAGAUUUCGAUACACGGGCUCAAUCAGUAGUUGCUCAGUCAAAGCUGAAAAGUGAAAUCAGGUUCAAGUCCGAGAUUGUCUCGCCUGGUGAAUGGGAAAGGUGGAUAAGAGAUCAACAAAUAGCUGAAGGAGUUGUCCCUGGGGAGGACGUGUACAUCAUACUCCGGUUAGAUGGUCGUGUCCGCAGAUCUGGUAAAGGGAUGCCAGAUUGGGCUGAAAUAUCAAAGGAGUUGCCGCCGAUGGAUGACGUGCUCAGCAAGUUAGAAAGAUGAAGCGCUUUCUUACAGAUUGUAUCUUUUACAAGAGACUAUAGAAGGAGAAAGAAAAGCUCUGUGUUGUUUGUUUUUGUGUACACAAUUCCAUGGGAUAAUUAAUACUGUAUGUGAGAAGAGACGAAAACUUUUUAUUUUCAACAGAAAGUUGAUUUUGUAUUUAGUGUCGGUGACUAAAUGAGUAGUUGGCUUUGAUUAGUAUAUCAUCAAUCCAUGUUUAUGAUGA